AUGGGCAGUGCCAGCCCUGGGCUGACCGCUCUGCCCCCCAGCCACCUCGCNNGGCCAGACGCUGCCCUGCUGCCCCCCCCCCCGGACCCCGAUACCUGGAGCUGGGGCUGCCCGGAUAGCCCCAGCCCCCCCGCCACCCCCGAGCACCCCCUGCCUGCUUUCUGCCUGCACUACUUCGACAUGCUCUACUCCGAGGACAUCGCCUGGGCCACCAAGAGCAUGGGGGAACCGUCCCAAAGCAAUGCCCAGGGGGGGCGAGGGGAGGCACAGAAGGAGCCGGAGCAAUGUCCCAUCAUCGACAGCCAGGGCUUGGGGCUGGGGGCCGAGGGGGACCUGCAGGCCAGCCUGCACCUGGAGGAGCACUCGCUGGAGCAGGUACAGAGCAUGGUGGUGGGCGAAGUGCUGAAGGACAUCGAGACCGCCUGCAAGCUCCUCAACAUCGCCGCAGACCCCACGGACUGGAGCCCCGGCAACGUGCAGAAGUGGAUCUUGUGGACGGAGCACCAGUACCGGCUGCCGCAGAUCGGGAAGUCCUUCCAGGAGCUGUCGGGGAAGGACCUGUGUGCCAUGUCCGAGGAGCAGUUCUGCCAGCGCUCGCCCGCCUGCGGUGACAUCCUGCACGCCCACCUUGACAUCUGGAAAUCUGCUGCCUGGAUGAAGGAAAAAGCCACCCCAGGAGACGUGAGAUACUGUGGAGGUGACGCCAGCUGGGCAGACAGCGAGGUGGACUCAUCCUGCACCGGCCAACCCAUCCACCUCUGGCAGUUCCUCAAAGAGCUGCUGCUGAAGCCCCACAACUACGGUCGCUUCAUCCGCUGGCUCAACAAGGAGAAAGGCAUCUUCAAGAUCGAGGACUCGGCGCAAGUGGCCCGUCUGUGGGGCAUCAGGAAGAACCGCCCGGCCAUGAACUACGACAAGCUGAGCCGCUCCAUCCGGCAGUAUUACAAGAAAGGAAUCAUCCGGAAACCCGACAUCUCCCAGCGCCUCGUCUACCAGUUUGUCCACCCCGUCUGAGCGGCGCCGGUGGGACAGGCUGAGCCUCGGGAGGGACAGGGGACCUUCGCCACCUCCCUCUGCCUCCCAGCCCCAGAAACCCUCUUCCAGCACUAAGGACCAUGGCCGGGGCGCCGGGAGGUUCAUCCAUCCCAGGAGCUGCUGGCAACGGACUGUGGGACCCCCCCCGUCACCCCCUAACUUCACAGGGGGAGGGAUGAGCCCCCAGCUAAGG